CAACUCUCGCUUUACUCCACCUGCGCCGUGUCCACGGCACGAACGACUACAGCUGCAUGUCGACGCCGUAUCCACUCCCGAAUCUGAAUUCGGGUCCGAGGGCUUUCGUCACGAGUGAUUUGGAUCAUGGCGGGAUUGCGCUCACGGUGGGCACGUUGCUCGCGGUGUAUGCGGUGUUGUGCUUCAUUUCGAGGAUGUAUAUGCGGUUGACUGUCAGUGGACCGGUUGGGUGGGAUGAUAUUAUUUGUGGUGUUGCGACGUUCUUCGGUUCACUGGAAAUGGUCGUCUUCGGCGUGGCUAUACACUUUGGACUCGGCAAGAAGAUGGAGAUUCUGGACCAGACUGCGAUUCCGUACAUCUCCAAGGUCAUCUACGCUGCGCAACUCAUCUACAUCACCACGAACGCGUUGACGAAGUGCUCCGUGGCACUUCUUCUCGCACGCCUCAUUCUUCUUCGGAGCCGACUAAUAGUAUGCUACGGACUAGUCGCGACUCUCACCUGGCAGGUCAUCACCGCGGUCAACGUCGCCAUCGAACUCGGCCUCCUCGCCAUACCCGUCUGGCUCGUCUGGUCUCUCCAGACCAACUUCAGCCGCAAACUCACCGUCGUCGCCGUCUUCGGUCUGCGAGUCCUCGUCAUCCCCGCAGCCCUCGUCCGCCUCCACUACCUCCAAACCGUCCUCCCAAACUCCCGCGACCCUUUCUUCGACGGCGUCGCACCCUUCAUCUGCCUCAACCUCGAACUCCACUACGGCCUCAUGGCCAGCACAAUGCCCACCCUCAAAGCCUUCGUCAACGCCUGCAACACCGGCUUCGGCACCCACGACAGCGCAGGCGUAAGCGGCUACGGCAGCAGCAAUAGCUACGCCAUGCAAUCUCUCGAAAGCGGGGGCAAGUCCUCCAACGGACAACCUGGCGGACCUGGCGGAGCCAAGAGACGGAGCACGAAACUCCCUUUCUCACCCGACCGAACACAGGACUCGUUCCGCACGGCGGAUUCAAGGAGGAGGAGUCGGCAUGUUGUGGACGGGAAUUAUGUGGUCGAUGAGGCGUUGCCGAAAUUUGGUAAGACGACGACAAUGGUGAGAGCGAUGCCGAGUGAGGAGAGGAGGGAGAGGAGGAGGAGUGUGAGGAGUGAUAGUUCGUGUCGACAGAUGGUGAUUCAGCAGACGACGACGUGUGAGGUGAGGUAUGAGGAGGAAGAGGCGAAGAGAGAAGUGCUGGAGAGUCGAGGGAGAGGAGGUGCUGAGGCGGAUUCGAUGGAGUUGGCGCCUGUGAACAGGAGGGGGUCGGGAUGA